AUGUGUGGCCAACGCUGCUAUAUCGUCCCACCCCAUCUCCUGCAGGCUAUUGCCGACUCGACUAGCAAUCCCGAGAAAAUUCGCGAGUCUGCCAAAGCAUGUCUUCUUUCUCGUGAAAAGGUUUCUUCGGCCCGCAAGGAGCUCUUCGCUACCCUCUCUCAGCCUCGCGGGUAUACCACCCGGCAGCCACAGCAGUUUGUCCCUCCUCAUGUAUUCCGACACAUCUCCGACGCCGAAGUCAAUGAUGAAGACACACGUGCACGUGCGAAGGAUAGUCUCCAGCACGUCGAAGGCGUCAUUGAGCAAUACAAGGCCUCCCAAGGCACCGAACAAGAAGUUCAAACUCUUGGUGCACAGGCCAAAUCAAAGCCGAAAAAAGAAACGCGCCGUGCCGUGUACGAUGCCGAAAAUGCAACCAGCGAGCGCAGUCUGCCAGGCAAGCUCGUCCGAGACGAAGGCCAAAAGGCCGUCAAGGAUAAGGCAGUCAAUGAAGCCUUUGACAACGUCGGAUCGGUGCUAAAGUUCUACAAGGACAAGUUUCAGUGGACUUCAAUUGACAACCAAAACGCCGAUGUAAUUAGCUCAGUUCAUUUUGGUCAGGAGUAUGAAAACGCAUUCUGGGACCCCACCGUUCGCCAGAUGGUCUUUGGUGAUGGCGGUGAUUUCCUCAACAACUUUACAGCCUCGGUCGAUGUCAUUGGUCACGAGCUCACGCACGCUAUUACCGAGCACACCAGCCCUCUCGACUACGAGGGCCAGCCUGGUGCCCUCAAUGAGCAUGUCUCGGACGUGUUUGGCAUCAUGGUCAAGCAAAUGGUUGAGGACGAAAAGUCCGAUGUUGCCGAUUGGUUGAUUGGCGAAAACUGUCUCCUUCCUGGUGUCAAGGGCUUGGCUCUCCGCAGUAUGAAGGAACCAGGAACCGCUUACAAUGACCCUCGCUUCGUGAGUGCUGCUUCCGGUUGCCGUCCCGUCGAUAUAGUUCUAACCGCGUCAUUGUAG